AUCAGAUUGGGGUACAGGGCUUUGGGGUAGAACAGUGUUUGGGCAGGGGGCUCAGUCUGAUCAGAUUGGGGUACAGGGCUUUGGGGUAGAACAGUGUUUGGGCAGGGGGCUCAGUCUGAUCAGAUUGGGGUACAGGGCUUUGGGGUAGAACAGUGUUUGGGCAGGGGACUCAUUGCUCGCCCUGUACAUGGGGAGGAACAAGGUGCUUUCACCUCCCGGCUCGGAUCUCUCUCUGUUCUGUAUUUUUAUCCCCAGCUGCUUUAUAGGCAGAGUCUGUGCUGAGAGACAUUGAGCCAUAAAUAUCCUGGUUACUCUUCUACCAUAAUACAGUCAUUAAAAUGCAGCCUUUUAUCUCCAGCCAUUUGAAUGCAACCUGAGAAGGGGCAGACGCGCAAGCUCAUUGGCCGCCUGCCUCCAGGGGGUGUUCCCAUGACCAGUGCUUAAGCGGCACAGUCUAGAGAGGUUCUACUUGCUGGGUGGGAGCGUUUACCUGUGUGCCAAUCUACCUUUGUGCCACCGUACCUGUGUGCCCUGUGCCACCGUACCUGUGUGCCACUCUACCUGUGUGCCCUGUGCCAUCGUACCUGUGUGCCACCGUACGUGUGUGCCCUGUGCCAGCGUACCUGUGUGCCACCGUACCUGUGUGCCCUGUGCCACUGAACCUGUGUGCCACCUUACCUGCUUCCAGCUCAGCCGCUGCUGUUUGCCUCCCCAGAAACCCUUCCUGUGAAAUGGCUGGCCUCCCCAGCUGCAUAGAGUAAGGAUAUGGGGGACCUGCACACCAUUUUUGACCUCAGCAACGAGCCUUUCCAUUAAAUUUGGAUCCUCAGAAACUAACCAAAAUGAAUGGGCAGAUCUCAAGCAGUUAUCGUGGGGGCUUUGGACCCGGCUCCCAGCAUCCCAACGGCUAUGACUCCCCACGUUCCGACAGACAAUCCAGCAGCAAGAUCAGCGCAAAGAGUAUUUAUGAGCAGAGAAAGAAUUAUGCUCGGGAUACCGUCAGCAGCCUGUCGGAGACCUCCCAGUAUCACAUCGAGCACUUGACCACGUUUGUGAUGGACAGGAAAGACGGAGUUCUAACAGUAGACGAUGGGAUCCGAAAAUUAAAGUUACUUGAUGCCAAAGGAAAAGUGUGGACCCAGGACAUGCUCCUUCAAGUUGAUGACAAAGGUGUUAGUUUGUAUGAUGUAGACACAAAGAGUGAACUAGAGAAUUUCCCAUUAAGUAGCGUCCAGCAUUGCCAAGCAGUCAUGAACGCCUGUCGCUACGACUCCAUCCUUGCCCUUGUGUGCAAAGAGCCGGCGCAAAGCAAAGCUGAUCUCCACCUCUUCCAGUGUGAUGAGAUCAAGGCUUCCCUGGUGCAACGAGACAUUGACAGCGCCAUCAGCGACAGCAAAGGAGGGAAGCAGAAAAAGCGCCCAGAGGCCCUCAGGGCAAUUACUCGGAAUGAUGACAAAAUCCCCCCACACCCCGGGGCACCGGCCCCCACGCCUCCUGGAUCUGUUACACAAGUGGAUGUGCGCAGUCGUGUGGCGGCCUGGUCCUCGUGGGCAUCUGAGUACGGCGACUACGACCCAUCCCGGCAGAAUCUGGACCAGGACUCGACACCAGAGAUGUUGGAAGCCCGAAUAGACAGAGAUGUCCAAAUCCUAAAUCACAUUUUAGACGACGUGGAGUUCUUCAUCAUGAAGCUGCAGAAGGCGGCGGAAGCAUUUUCCGAGCUCUCCAAGCGGAAGAAAGGGAAGAAGAAGAAGGGGCCGGGGGAGGGGGUCCUUACCCUGCGGGCGAGACCGCCGCCUCAGGAGGAGUUUGUCGACUGCUUUCAGAAGUUCAAGCACGGGAUCAACCUUCUGGCAAAACUAAAGUCCCACAUUCAGAACCCCAGCGCCUCCGAACUGGUUCAUUUUCUAUUCACUCCACUUCACAUGAUGGUAGAGGCCACGGGGGGCCCUGAUCUGGCACGGACAGUACUAAGCCCCCUUAUCACAAAGGACUCGCUGGAUUUCCUCAACUUCAUUCUCAACAAAGAGGAGAAACAAUUAUGGACAUCGUUGGGCGAUUCAUGGAAUAAAUACAGGGCAGAAUGGCCCAAAGAGCAGUUUAUCCCCCCGUAUGUCCCGCGCUUCAGGAACGGCUGGGAGCCCCCACUCCUGGGCUGUGCGGCGGCGCCGAAGGAACAGGAACUCUCUUACUUGGCUGAGUCUGUGGCCAAUGUUGCGGAGCUGCAGCGCAAACAGGAAUUCAACAGCGUGCCAAAUAUGUAUUCCCAUGUGUCCCGGUACCCGCCGUCGGAGGGGAAUUUUGAGGAGCGCGACCAAGUGGAGGCCCAGAGAUACGCCUUGUGCAAGUACGACUUUGUGGCCCGGAACUCAAACGAACUCUCUGUCCUUAAAGAUGAUGUCUUGGAGGUCCUCGAUGAUAAGAAGCAGUGGUGGAAAGUCCGGAGCUCGAGUGGGGCAGUCGGUUUUGUGCCAAACAAUAUUUUGGUAGCAAUGAAGCCACAAGAUCAGUCAGCAAAGCCAAUGGAAGCCGCGUACACGCACACAAUCCAGAAACAGAAGUCCGACCUUAUACAAAGCCAAGCGGGUCCAAUCCCAGCCGCCCCCUCUCCACCGCCAAACCCAGCGCCAACGUAUUCCCCACUCGCUAAUUCCCAGCAACCAACGCUGCCCGUGGCCAAGCUCUUCACUGCCGGACCAAUCAGUCGACAGAGCAGUUUGUCCAGUGACAGCGGGGGAGGAAGUGUCCGAGAGCAACAUGGCCUCCAGCAGGUUCCAGCUGACCGCAGGAAAUCCCAGAUGGAGGAGGUGCAGGAUGAGCUGAUCCACAGACUGACCAUUGGGCGCAGUGCGGCGCAGAAGAAGUUCACCGUGCCGCGGCUGAACGCGCCGGCUGUCCAUAUUUCGUACAGUUCGCCGGCAGAGGAUGUGAAAUCCUGGUUACAGGCCAAAGGCUUCAAUUCCGUAACCGUCGACAGCCUCGGGGUGCUCACAGGGGCCCAGCUUUUCUCUCUCACCAAGGAUGAACUGAAGACUGUGUGUCCGGAAGGCCCGAGGGUGUACAACCAAGUUACAGUGCAGAAGGCCGCCAUAGAGGAACAAAGUGGGGGCUCAGAGCUGCUAGAGAUCAUGAAGAAACGGCAGGAAAGGAUAAACAUGGCAGCCAGCGACUCCGGGGUGGAAUCCUUCGAUGAAGGGAACAGCCACUGACUCCGGUGAUUGGGUGGUUGAAGCCCCAAUGGAGGGGGGAUCGUGGGGCAAGGAUUCUACCCGAAUGUGCCCGGGGGUCCGACGGGCCCAGUGUGAGUGAUGCCGCUGUUUGAUAAGACUUUUCUAGACUUUAUUCUGCUUUAUACUCUUUGUAUGAUUUGCCAGAUGUUAUUUAACCCCUUGUGGAACAGAUGCCAAUUGAUAUUUAAGGAGGGGCUCCUGACAUGCCCACCGGAUUGUACAGACGCAACAAAGAGGUGGAUUUGGCUACUGUGGGGGCAAAAGGCUACUGGAGAGGGGGGUGCUAGCACUCAUGUUACAGCACAAUUAGCCACUCCCCCCUGGCAGAGCGACUGCGCCCCCUAUGGUGAGAUGGCGCCACGUUGUGUGUGUAAAUAGGAACAUUAUCAGUAUUUUCCAUGAGUUCUGCUCCGUGGAACAGUGGUUUCUACCAGGACCAACCUCUUUCUCCUUCUUUCUGUAAAUAAAAUUUAAAGCAAAUCUGUAAAUAAUAA